AUGCAGCGCAAUGAACUAUUAUUCAUGCUGAUUAAUGAUUCGAGAGAAUUAAGACAAUCACAUUUUGAAAUGCCGUCAAUUGUUUCACCAAUACAUAUUGUAAAUGACGGUAAUACAACUAACGUUGGAAGACUAACAAUUUUGCCAUCUUCAUAUACAGGCAGUCCACGUCAUAUGCAUGAGUACGCUCAAGAUGCAAUUGCAUAUGUUUGUCACUACAGGCAUCCAGAACUAUUCAUUACAUUCACAUGCAAUCCAGCUUGGGACGAUAUACAACAGCUCUUACUUCCUGGGCAAUCGCCGGUGGAUAGGCAUGACAUCACAGCACCUGUUUUCAGACAGAAGCUGAAAUCGCUGAUGGAUUUCAUGGUAAAACAUGAAGUGUUUGGCUCUGUGUACUCAGUGGAAUGGCAAAAGAGAGGAUUGCCACACGCACAUAUACUAAUCUGGCUCUAUAACAAAAUCACUUCAAAUGAAAUUGACGAUGUAAUAUGCGCUGAAAUACCCAAUGCCGACGUCGAUAAGGAUUUGCAUGAAGUUGUGAUGAAAAAUAUGAUACAUGGACCUUGAGGUACACUGAAUCCAAAUUCACCAUGCAUGAUAGACGGAAAAUGCUCUAAGCAAUAUCCUCGAGCAUUAGUAUCCAACACAGUUACAGGAAAUGAUGGAUAUCCUUUAUACAGAAGAAAAUCAGCAGAAGAUGGAGGUAAAUUAGCAACCAUACAAAUGCGAAAUGGUGACAUCGAAGUCGAUAACCGGUGGGUUGUUCCAUAUUCGCCUUUGCUAUCAAAAACAUACAAAGCGCACAUAAAUGUGGAAUACUGUAACUCCGUUAAAUCGAUCAAAUACAUUUGUAAGUACGUGAAUAAAGGCAGCAACAUGGCAGUUUUUGGCAUGCCACCAGAAAGAAGUGAUAGGAAUGCGGUCAUACAUAUCGAUGAAAUCGCACAGUAUCAGGCUGGAAGAUACAUAAGCAGCAAUGAAGCUGUAUGGCGAAUUCUUUCAUUUCCCAUACAUGAACGAAGUCCAGGUGUUGUUCACUUAGCAGUACAUCUAGAAAAUGGACAACGCGUUUAUUUCACAGCUGCAAAUGUGCAACAAAUAGCCUUGAAUCCACCGGCUACAACAUUAACUGCUUUCUUCAUGUUAUGUCAAAAUGAUGAGUUUGCGAAAACACUGCUUUAUUCGGAAGUACCUAUGUAUUACACAUGGAAUGCGAGUAGAAAAUCAUUUGAACGAUGCAAACGAGGAGAGCAAGUAAACGGACAACCUGGCAUAUUCAAAGAAACUACGAUAGGCAGACUGUACACCAUGCAUCCCAAUCAAGAUGAAUGCUUCUUUCUUCGCAUGCUGUUGGUAAAUGUGCCCGGUCCAACGUCUUUCCAGCAAUUGGGAAUCGUUAACGGCAUUACACAUGCCACUUUCCGCAGUGCAUGUCAAGCUCUGAAUUUAUUGGAGAAAGACCGACACUGGGAUGUAUGCAUUAAUAACGCAUGCAAUACGUCACAUCCAAAUCAAAUUCGUGCAUUGUUUGCAAUCAUUUUGACUGUCUGCUCUCCUUCAUCUCCAACAGAGUUAUGGGAGAAAUAUAAAUCACACAUGGCUGACGAUAUUUUCCAUCGAAUACACAAGGAAAAUUCAAAUAUGAACAUGGAUUUUACAGCAGAAAUCUACAACGAAGCGUUGAUAAUGAUUGAAAAUUUGUGCUUAGAAAUCGUGAACAAAGUUCUCAAUCAAUUGGGAAUGCCACCACCAAAUCGAUCUGCUGCUGCUUCAUUCGAUGUAGAAUUGCGUCGUGAACAAAAUUACAACACAGGUGAUCUUUUGUCGUAUGUGCAAUCAAAUAUUCCUAAGCUAACACUUGAGCAAAAAGGCAUUUACGAUCAAAUAAUGCAAACUGUCAAUAACGGGGUUGGAGAAAUCUUCUUCUUAGAUGCGCCAGGAGGAACUGGUAAAACGUUCCUAAUUACAUUGAUUCUGGCAGCAAUUCGAUCUCAAAAUGGCAUAGCCUUGGCUCUUGUGUCAUCUGGAAUAGCUGCUACAUUGCUACCAGGUGGAAGAACUGCUCAUUCCACUUUGAAAUUGCCAUUGAACAUGCAAUUCAUUGAAACUCCCACGUGCAACAUUUCCAAAGCAUCCGGCAUGUGA